AUGCUCUCCGCUGUCACCACUGGCUCGGCCACAUCCCACCUCGAAGUCUUCUCCGAGCUCUCCCCGGGCAUCUUUUCACCCACAGCCUCAGUCGCCGCCCCGGGCAACCCGCCUCUCCUCGCCCACUCCUCCGCUGCCAUGAUGUACAUUGAUGAGCUCUCGGCCGGUGGCGACACCAUCGUUAUGGGCGCCGCCUCCAUCGGCACACGUGGGGGUUUCUACGCCUUUCGCACCUGCCCCCUCACCAACGCCGUCCUCCCGGCAUGCGCCUGUGCCCCGCGCUGGCAGGGCCCCACCUGCGAGAUCCCCAUUCGUCCACCCGUCAUUGUCGCCGGCCACGUCGUCGACGACAACGACAAGGACGUCAUCAUCUCGGCCGGCGACACCGUCGACCUCUUCUUUUCGUACCCGUCCAACGGCGCAGGCUUUGGCUCGACCAUCGCCUCGCGCCCCGCUGUCGACGCCCUCCUCGCCUUUGACCCGCCGCUCACUCCGCCAGACGGCGACUACAUCGCUGUCUGGCUCGAUCCCGGCAGCUACAUGACCCUCCGCAUCUCCAUCGUCUCAACAGGAGCUUCGUCCUCGUUUGUCGGUCCACCCCUAGACGCACUCGCCGUCCGUGUCAUCGGCACUUCCUUCCUUGCCGCAAACGGCACUUCCUUCCCGCCCGACCCCUCGCUGGUCUUUGCCGACUUUACCGGCUCGUGGGGCACAGGCUCUGGUGCUGAGCCCGGCGAGUUCUCAGACCCGCGCCUACUUGCCGUCUCUCCCGCCAUCUGCCCUCUCGUCGGCUGCUCGCUCACCCUCUUCGGGUCAGACUUUCAACCCGGCUGCUCCGUCCGCCUCGGCAGCGAGCACUACGCUUUCUCCGACUCACGCCUCACCUACUACAACUCUUCGACUCUCGCCAUCGUCACGCCCUCGUACGCCGCAGAGGGAUACCAGACCCUCAACGUGACCAACAUUCGCUCGGCAUCGUCGAUCCUCGCCCGCACCAUGUACUUUACCGACGACUGUCCGCAGCCUGGCUCGUUUGGCCGCGGCAUCGCCUGCCGCUCCUGUCCCGAGGGUGCGUACUGUCCCGGCGGCUUCCGCAUGUGGCCGCUGCCCGGCUACUGGACGCCCAACGAGCGCGUCGGCUGGGUCGAACCCUGCCCAGAGCCGGCGCUCGCACGCUGUCUUGGUGGGCAGAACGCAGCUUGCGGCCGCGGCUACACGGGUGACUACUGCGCCGAGUGCGCAGAGGGCUACUUUCUGCGCGGAACAGAGUGCGUCUCGUGUGGCGCAAACGCAGACGGCAUCUUUGCCGGCCUCAUCCUCGCCAACUCGGUCUUUUAUGGCGCCUUUAUUGUUGCCGCCGUCUUUGUCAAGGACCGCACCCUCUCCACCAUCUCGCGCGCCGUCAUCACUGUCCAGAUGAUCCGCGGCGUCGCCAAGAUGAACACAGAGCACCUCUCGCCCGAGCUCCGCUCCGUCUACGCCGUCUUUGCCCUCGUCACCAUGGACGCCGAAUUCAUCCGCCCGGGCUGCAUCGUCUCCUCGGUCUUUCCGGUUCUCUUCUGGGCCAACGCCGCCCUCCUCGCCUCUGCCAUUGCCGCCGCCGUCAUCAUCAUUGCCUUUGCCAAAAUCGUCACCGGCUCGCACCGCUUCUACCGCAACCGCCUCACCCGGACCGUUGUCAUCCUCCUCGCCAUGAUGUACCUCUCGCUCGCAACCUACGUCCUCCGCGGCGGCUACUGUCUGCCCGGUCGCGACGACAAACUCCGCCUCGUUGCCGAGCCGUCUACUGUCUGCUACCAAGGCAGUCACCUGCUCGUCGCCAUCGUCUCGUACGCUCUGAUCUUAUCCUACGUCAUCGGUUACCCGCUCAUCGGCUUCUUCAGCGUCCGGCGCAACACCGCCCGACUGUGGUCCGACCCGGUCUUCCGCUCGCGCUACGGUUACUGGUACGAGCAGUUCAAGGAGGGCGCGUACUGGUUCGAGUUUCUCCAGUUUGGAACUUACGCCAGCCUCGCGAUAUGCGACUCGAUUCUCAUGCACCUGUCGAACAUCCAGUUGGGCGCCUCGCUCACCACCCUCGCCGUCUACUUUCUCGCUGUCAUCGUUUCACGCCCGUUUGCCUCGCCGUGGAAGAACGCCAUGGAAGUUGUGUUCACCCUUGUCUCACUCACUCUCAUCGUCCUCAACCGCAUCUCGGGCUCGCUCUCCCAGACUGCCCGCUCCGCCGUCUCUGCUCUCAUCUUCUCGGCCUUUGUCUUUGCCGCCCUCGCCCUCGUCCUCGGCGGCAUCAUCUACUUGUGCUACCAGCGCAAGACAAAGCGCAUUACCCUCAAGUCGUUCUUCCUCUCCAUCGUCGCCCAAAAGGAGGAGCGGAUCGCCGGUCACGACCUCACCCGCCAGUCGUCCGCCAUUCAACUCGACGCUUCCGCCCGCCGGCUCGCCCGCAAGAUGCGCGCCCGCCUCGAGGCCGCCGGCGCCAUCUCCUCGCCCGCCGUCCUCCCGCCGCACUAUCCGCUAACCGCAUCGGAAGAGUCCGCAGCCACCGCAGAAGCGUCCGACGCCGGUGCCCCCUCGAACGAAGGCAUCGAGCUCUUGCAAAAGUCCGAUGACCGCUCCUCGCGCCUCUCGCUCUCAGGCGAGAGCGCUGCCCUCACAUCCGAGCCCCCCUCGCCACAGACGCCCACCUCGCCCAUCUCCACUUCGGCCCGCGGCAAGUUGUCGCCGCGCAACCUCCUCGCCGCUUCGACUCGCAACCGCAAGGCUCUCCACCGCCAGGCCGCAGCCAAACCGCCAGUGCCUCUGGACACUAGCCGCUUGCGCAUCGAGACCAACCUCGCCGCGUCCACCUCGGGUGGCUCGUCCACCGAGCUCUCCCGGUCGUCGCCCGGACAUGCCCCACCCAUGCGCGACUCUCUCGCCGCCCCGCGCAACCCGCGGCUAUCGGUCCUCUCUUCGCCCAAGACCCGGUUCAUCCCGCGCGACCGCUCCGCCUCGGCCAUAUCCACCUCGCUCGGCGAUCUCUCCGAGAUUGAGCUCUCGUCGUCGGACGCCGAGGCACUCAACAGCUCAGCCCCGUCGCCGCGGCUCUUCCGCCGCAGCUCGCGAGUCUCGCCGACAACUCGAUACCUCCCGCCGCGACUCACCCCGACCGAGCCGGCGGAGCCACCUCCCGCCGCCGUCGAACCGCCGUCGUCGCCACCGCUCGCCCGCGGCUCAUCGUCGCGUGAGCUCCGCGACCGCCACUCCGGCCCAACCCGCCGCAAGCUCGAGCUCAACCGCUCAGUCACGGUCUCCGAGUUUGACACCUCGCUCAACACCUCGCUUGACUCGGCGUGUGAGGCCGACUCGGACCCGUCGGGCACCGGCCUCGAGCGGCGGCGCCUCGCGCGGCGGCGACGCAUCCGCCUCGGUGCCCGCCAGUCGCCGCUCGUCGCCUCGUCGCCCACACGCGACGUCUCGGUUGGGUCGUCGUCGCCCGGCCGCCGCUUCGCCUCGCGUACCCGUGUGGUGUCGGACAACCCGCGGGCUGCUACGUACCGCUCCGGCUCGCACCUGAUCGGCCGCUCACGUGCCAACACCGAGGUCGCCGGCCAGAGCCCGCCGUCGCCGCGAUCGCGCGGCUCCGGCCGACGCAGGCGCGGCUCGUUUGAGCGCGUAGAGUCGUUUGGUCCGGCGACCCAGCGCUGA